UUCAUUUAUCUUUUUUUAUUAUUCCUCUUUGUUGUUUCAGUUUAUUGUUUUGCCCAGAACCCGUGAGGGCUAAGGGUGAAGUGGUCCGUUUAUUUUAUUUUGUACUCAGUGUGUAGACUAUCUGCGGUUAUUUGUUUUAUCUGGCACCUGUUGAGAUUUACGAUGCGCGCGUUCUUAUUCUUUUUCACUGCUUGUUGGACUUAACCAGUUCCACCGCUGGGUGGCGCGAGGCACUCAUCUGAAGACUUUAUUGGCAUGACAACCACACACGUGCGUUGUCAUGCCAAUAAACAGAAAAAGUAAAGACCAUUUAAAUUAAUCAAGGGGAAAUUAAAAAAAAAAAAAGCAUUUACAUCAGCCUACUAUAACUAAUGGAACCAUUUAUUAGGCUACUUGCACCCGCCAAGUAGCCAAUUGGCGUCAUCAGAAACUUAACACCCACGUCUGUAGACCUCUUUCACGCUAGUAUGCCGCGCGACUCGAAAUUCAUUGUCACCUGAUGCGACCUUUAAUCUAAAUUGCGCAACUGCCGGAGAUACAGUUGAUUUCAAUCGCCCUGCCCACUUGAGAAAGAGGCUCAGUGCCCAUAACCCCGGGAUUCACAUCACGUAUCGUAACACCCAGGGUAUGUCGGUAGCAUAAAAGCCCAGUAGUCUACUGCAGUUUGUGACUUCGAGCACAGAGGAAGGCACGAGACUAACCAUGUCGACUUACCUGCUUAUUACCGGAGUGGCGGUCGGUGUGUAUGUUGUCGUGUAUUAUAAGUUUGUCAAAGGAGCGCAGUGCAAGAGCAAAGCGAAACUACACGGCAAGACCGUCAUUAUAACCGGGGGCAACACUGGCAUUGGGAAGGCCACAGCCUUGGAGCUGGCCCGGAGGGGGGCGAGGGUGGUCCUGGCCUGCCGCAGCCGGCCAAGGGCAGAGGCUGCUGUCAACGACAUCAAGGAGAAGAGCGGGAGCAGUGAGGUGGUGUACAGGCAGCUGGACCUGGCCAGUCUGGAAUCGGUGCGCUCAUUCGCCGAGAACUUCCUGAAGACUGAGCCCAGGCUGGACCUGCUCAUCAACAAUGCAGGGCUUUUAAUGGGUGGCCGGACGGAGGAUGGGCUGGGCAUGAUGUUCGGCGUCAAUCACCUGGGCCACUUCCUGUUGACCAACCUGCUGCUGGAGAGGCUGAAGGAGGGCGGGGCGGCUCGCAUCGUCAACGUGGCCUCUCUGGGGCACCGAUUCGGCAGCAUCGACUUCGACUGUCUGAGCGCUCACAAGGAGCUCGGGCGGGGAAGCUCCACCUUUGGUCUGAUGAAGAUCUACAGCCACAGCAAGCUGUGCAACGUCCUCUUCACCCACGAGUUGGCUAAGAGGCUACAGGGCACCAACGUCACCUGCUACAGCCUGCACCCAGGUACGAUUAACACAGAGCUGAGUCGCAACACUAGCAGGGUGCUGAGGGUCCUGCUCCUGCCCAUCACCGCGCUCUUCUUCCGAGGCGUGGAGGCGGGGUCCCAGACCACGCUGCACUGCGCCCUUCAGGAGGACAUCGAGCGCCACAGCGGCCGCUACUUCUCCGACUGCGCCGUGCAGGAAGUGGACGCCAAAGCGCGCGACGACGCCGUGGCCAGGAAGCUGUGGGAAGUGAGCGAGACGCUGUGCGGCCUGCGCUGAGGCUCCGCCCACACCGUGCCCAAGCCCCGCCCUCAUCCCACAAACUCCUCCCCUUCUCUACUCAUGCCCCGCCCUCAUCCCCAUAAACUCCUCCACCUCCCCCUUACUCGCCCUCAUCCCACAUAAACUCCACCCUCUUCCCCAUCCAUGCCCUGCCCACAUAAACCCCUCCCUACUGCCUCACCUUUGCCCCGCCCACAUAAACCCUUCCCCCGGCCCCGCCACCAACGCCGUGGCCCGGAAGCCACUCCCACACCCUGCACAAGCCUCGCCCACUGCUCACUGCUACUCUGCCAACUGUGUUAUUUUCUAUCGUAUGAAAAUAUCAAUAAUUACUUCAAUAAUUGUGUCGGCCCUGUAAGAUAAUAAAAUCCUUUUAUACUAGUUGCCUUUUAUGAACGGUUACCAGUUUCUGAAUGUGCACUUGAUUUUUUGCGAAUGCUCCCAUAUGGCUGGCUGUUUUUAUUUUUAGUGUUUUCCUGUUACAGCUACAGAAACUACAUCUGCUAUAAGCGAGGAGUAGUUAUGUAAUCUAAACUCUGCAUUACUUUUCUCUGUGUUCAUGUUAUAUAUCUGUUCUCACUGUUUUAAGACCUGCAUGCUGUCCCUGUUUUAGUCUCAAAGGAAAGUCAGUGUUUUUUUUUCUGUUUGGGAGAUACGCUUGUUAACCACAACCAGCCCCAGAAAUUAAGAGAAAAAGAGUGAAUGGUUGGUUUGUUUGUUGCCCUUUUAUUAGAGCCCUGGUACGUCUGUGACAGAUUCAUGAGGUAGUAGAUCAUGCCUCGGGCGAAAUGCCUCUCUGAUAAUAUAAGAAGAAGAAGAAGAAGAUAUACUUUAUUGUAAUUUGUCCUCUGCCCUAGUUUGACCCAUUUGACCCACCCUAGUUACCUAGGAGCAGUGGGCAGCUGCCUCUCUUGUGCUGCGCCCGGGGACCAACUCCAGUUCUGAGGCCGUGGUCAAGGGGACCUGCAGGAGCGCACCUAACAUGCACGUCUUUGAGUGUGGGAGGAAACCGGAGUACCCGGAGUAAACCCACGCGAACACGGGGAGAACAUGCAAACUCUGCACAGAAAAAAAGAAAGGCCCCAAGCGGAGAUUCGAACCCACAACCUUCUUGCUGUGAGGCGACAGUGCUAACCACUAUGCCGCCGUGUUCCUCCUUACUGUGAACGUGCGGUCUUCUGUCCUGGUGCGCUUGUGCUGAUAUCCAACGUUAAUCAGCCAUUGGCUUACGCUGAUCCGUUUUGAGGUCAUCCAGCGAUAACACCAGUCUGAAUCUGGGCUGAAUUCCAUUUCACUUCAGGAAAUCAACUGAAAUCCAGUUCUUGAAUUUAAAGGUGCUCAUAAUUUUCUAAAAAGAUUUUUUUUAUUCCAAUUAGUUGGUUGAAUUUUAAUAAACUUUUAAUUUCAUAAAAAUUA